AUGCAACCUUUUCAAAGUAUCUGCCAACCUUUUCUUGUUUCUGCCCAGAAAGUUUUAUAUGCUGGAACUGUGUGGAAUAAGCUGCUUGUGCCCAAGCAUAGAUUCAUUUAUUGGCAGAUACUUAACAGCCAUCUGCUCACCAGAGAUCAGAUGAGUCGCAUAUUGCCCAUCCAAUCUGUUAUCUUUCCUGUGUGCGCUUCAGCAAAUGAAUCUCACAGCCACUUGUUCCUGGAUUGCAUCUUCUCUAGGAAAUUAUUUGGGGAGGUUAGUUGCUGGCUGAGUAUGUUUCAGUGGCCAAAGUCCUAUUUGGAGCUUCAGCAAUGGUGUAUGACAGCGAUCAAUUCUCUGCAGAACCAAGUUAUUAAUGCUGUUUUUGCUGCUACUUUGUAUUUUAUUUGGAAAAAUCGAAACAAGUGUAUUUUUGACUCUGUUUGUUUUUCAACUAGUAGUCUUAGCUUGGAAAUUAGGAAGAUUGUCAAAUAUAGAGUAUUGGGUCUGAGUUUUCUUCAGCUUAGUAAAAGGGACAACUAUAUUCUCAAUGUUGUAAAGGGUUGGUAG